GCCUGCGGGCCCCGUAGCGCCGUGGCCAGCCCGCGGCCGGCCGGUGGUCAGCGGGCGCCAUGGCCGCGCCGGAGCCGUUGCGGCCGCGCCUGUGCCGCCUGGUGCGUGGCGAGCAGGGCUACGGCUUCCACCUGCAUGGCGAGAAGGGCCGCCGUGGGCAGUUCAUCCGGCGCGUGGAGCCCGGCUCCCCCGCCGAGGCGGCCGCGCUGCGCGCAGGGGACCGCCUGGUCGAGGUCAACGGCGUCAACGUGGAAGGCGAGACGCACCACCAGGUGGUGCAGAGGAUCAAGGCUGUGGAGGGGGAGACCCGGCUGCUGGUGGUGGACAAGGAGACGGACGAGGAGCUGCGCCGGCGACAGCUCACCUGCACCGAGGACAUGGCCCAGCGAGGGCUCCCGCCCGCCCACGACCCCUGGGAGCCAAAGCCGGACUGGGCACGUGCAGGCAGCCUGAGCUCUGACGCUGGCCGGAAGGACGUCAACGGGCCCCCAAGGGAGCUGCGUCCUCGGCUCUGCCACCUGCGAAAGGGACCCCAGGGCUACGGGUUCAACCUGCACAGUGACAAGUCCCGGCCCGGCCAAUACAUCCGCUCCGUGGACCCCGGCUCUCCUGCCGCCCACUCCGGGCUCUGCGCCCAGGAUCGGCUCGUAGAGGUGAACGGGCAGAAUGUGGAGGGGCUGCGCCACGCCGAGGUAGUGGCCAGGAUCAAGGCCAAGGAGGACGAGGCCCGGCUGCUGGUGGUGGACCCUGAGACGGACGAGUACUUCAAGCGGCUGCGGGUCACGCCCACCGAGGAGCACGUGGAAGGUCCACUGCCAUCACCAAUCACCAAUGGGACCAGCCCUGCCCAGCUCAAUGGGGGUUCUGUACGCUCCUCUGGAAGCAGCCUGCCAGGCUCGGACAAGGACACCGAGGAUGCCAGUGCCUGGAAGCGAGACCCCUUCCAGGAGAGCGGCCUGCACCUGAGCCCCACGGCGGCUGAGGCCAAGGAGAAGGCGCGAGCCACGCGGGUCAACAAGCGGGCACCGCAGAUGGACUGGAACCGGAAGCGUGAGAUCUUCAGCAACUUCUGAGCCCCCCCCCACCGCCUGCUCACCGGACCGGGGCCUGCCGAGUGCCCCACGCCUCAGUGGACUGGGGGUGGUCCCACCGCCACCCAGAAACCAACCGUGCCCCCGUGGGCCCUCACCCCGCCCCUCCCACCCACUGGGUGCCGGGGACCAGGCAGCUGCUCCUAGCUGGGUGGGGAGAGACCCAGAGAGGCCGAGACCCAGAAAAUGCAGAGAGAGAGAGAGAGAGAGGGAGAGAGAGAGAGAGAGAGAGAGAGAGUUUGGUGUGGGGGCAGGGCACGGCCCACGGGGCCAGGGCCUUUGCUGCGGGCCCGGGCCUGCUGACUGAAAGGAAUUUGCGUUUUUGCUUUUUUUUUCCCCAAAAAGAUCUUCAGCUCCACACAUGUUUCCACUUAAUACCAGAGCCCCUUCCCCCGCUCCCUCGGGACUCGCUCUCUAAAUAAUUGCAAUAAAACAAACCUUUCUCUGCAAACCAUUUCCGCCCCACCCCCUCAGCAGCGGCCUUCCAGAGAGUCCUGGGGACUUCCAGGGGACAGAGCGAGCUGGGGAGCCGCCCCUUCUGCCCCAACCCUGCGCUCCCUGGUGGGGGGCCCAGACCCUGGCUGAGGGCCCGAGGAUGGAGGACCCUCUCCCGCGGAGCAGCCUCUGGACAGGCCCUUCGUCCUGCUCCGCAGCUCCCACAGCUCCCAGGCCUGGGCCCGGAGGUGUGCCAGUCGCCCCCCCCUCCCGAGUCCUGGGCUCUGGGCUCGGCCCUGCCUCCUGCCUGCCUGGCACCCACGGCUGCAGAGUGGCAGAUACCUCUGCCUUGUCCUCCCACCCCAGAACCCCCGAACCGACCGACCAGCACUGCUGUCUGCCUUGUAAGCCAUAGCGCAUGCGCGCCCUCGGAAUAAACAGGCCUGCCUUGGA